AUGCCCCUGCAGGUGGUAGCAGCAGAGCCGGGUGGGGGGCCGGUUCUGCCAGCCCUCGCUGUGACCCCCCCUUUCCGGUCUCUGUCGUGCAGGGAGAAGGCGCUGGCGCUGACGGGGAACCAGGGCAUCGAGCAGGCCAUGGACUGGCUUGUGGAGCAUGAGAACGACCCCGACGUGGACGACCCCUAUGUGCCGCCCCAGGGCCUCGUCCUGGGCACAGGAGAGCCCUCCGAGGGAGGCGCCCCCCCCACCCCACUUGAGGAGCCAGACCCGGAGGCAGAGGGUUCCCGGGUCUGCAGGCAGCGGGUGCGUGAGAAGAUAGAGAGGGACAAAGCUGAGCGAGCCAAGAAGUUCGGAGGUGGCAGCGCUCAGGCACCCGCAGAGCCAGUCCCUGCCCCCGCCCCCACCCCAGUCCCCAGCCAGGAGCCGCCCACCAAGAGGGAGUAUGACCAGUGCCGGAUACAGGUACCGAACGUCGGGGUUCCUUGCGGGGGAGACUCCAGCACUGGUGGGGGGGGUGUGGGGACCACCCCCAUUUUCACUGAGGAGGACAUGGAGAAGCCCCUCCAGGAGCUGGGCCUGGUGCCUUCCGCUGUGCUCAUCGUGGCCAAGAAGGGCAGCAGCUGAAAGACCCCCCUCCUCGCCUGCCUCUUCUGCCGUGGAUAGCGCCCCCCCCAGCCCCCAAGCGCUGCCCCACAGGACUGGGGCUGCCCCAUGGGGCUGUGUUUGGGGGAGGGUCCUAGAUGGGCCCUGCCCAGAGACACAAUAAACCUGGUCUGUUCCACG